AUGCGAAUCACACGAUGGACCCCCUUGCUCACUUACCUCUCCUUCGCCGCUCUCUUCCCCUCCGCAUGCGCCGACAAGAUCCUACAGUCACUCUCUCUUAACAGCUGCCAGAAACAGUCCGACUUUUCAGCCAGUCUUUUCAACAUUGUUGUCUCGGCCAACAAUGGCUCCGUCAAUUGUAAUGUCGCCGCCGUCGUCUCCGUUGAGGGAAAAGCCGUCUUCGACGUUGCGCUUCGCGUCUACGGCUACGAGUACUUGCGCCAAAAGAUCGAUCCGUGUACCAGCAACCUCCAGGGUCUCUGCCCCAUGAAGCCCGGCAAGAUCAACAUGGAAUUCUCCCUCGAAAUCGGAGACCAGCUCAACCAGGUUCCCGGAAUCGCAUACUCCAUCCCCGACCUCGACGCUACCGUCCGCGCACUCGUCAACCUGACCGACACGGGUGAAACCGUUGCCUGCGUCGAAGCCGACUUCUCCAACGGUAAAACCGUCGAUUUGAAGGGCGUCAAGUGGGCUACCGCCAUCAUUGCUGGAAUUGGUCUGCUUUCGGCCGGUCUUGUUUCCGCCCAGGGCCACACCGAUGCCGCCGCUCACUUGGCCGCCAACGCGCUCUCUCUGUUCGGAUACUUCCAGGCCCAAGCCUUCGUGGGCCUUACCGGCGUCGACAUGCCGCCCAUUGUGCAGGCCUGGACGCAGAACUUCCAGUGGUCCAUGGGCAUCAUCCGUAUCGGCUUUAUCCAGGAUCUCUGCACGUGGUACCAGCGUUCUACCGGAGGUGAGGCCGCGGACCUCCUCAACGAUCUCCGGAACUUCUCAGUCCAGGUCUCGAAACGGUCUCUUGACGUCGUGGACACCAUGAGGAACCCCAUCAAACGCGGUCUCGUUGCGCUUGCCAAGAGGGCGAAUAUCAAGUUGGACAACGGCUCUUACCUCGUCUACGGCAUCCAGCGUGUGGCGUUCAAGGCAAAGAUCGAGACGACGAACCUCUUCUUGACCGGUCUCAUCAUUUAUCUUGUCUUUGUUGGAUUCACGGUCGGCUGCGUCCUGGCGUUCAAGGGCAUCUGUGAGAUUGCAGUCAAGAAGGGCUGGUCAAAGACCGACCGCUUCCUUGGAUUCCGCCGAGACUGGAAGAUCACCAUCAAGGGAAUCCUGUUCCGUCUCAAUCUCAUCGGCUUCCCUCAAAUCGCCGUCUUGUCCCUGUGGGAAUUCGUACAGGCCGAUUCCCCCGCCUUGGUCGUCCUCGCCGUCUUCUUUUUCCUCGGCACCCUCUUCACCCUCGUCUGGGCCUCUUUCAAGGUCAUCCGCAUUGCGAGGCAGUCAAUCACUACUCAUCAGAACCCAGCCCACGUUCUCUUCUCGAACCCCAACAUCAUCAACAAGUGGGGCUUUCUCUAUGUCCAGUACCGCGCCACAGCCUACUACUACGUUAUACCCUUCAUCAUCUACACCUUCAUUAAAGCCGCCGUCAUUGCUUUCGGACAAGGUACGGGCGUCGCCCAGGCCAUUGCGCUCAUUAUAAUCGAGUCCGCUGCCCUCAUCGCCGUCAGCGUCCUCAAGCCCUUCAUGGACAAGUCCACAAACUCCUUCAACAUCGCCAUUGCCGCCAUCAACUUCGUCAACUCGAUUUUCCUCCUCAUCUUCACCAACGUGUUCGGCACGCCCGGACUCGUCAUUGGCGUCGUCGGCGUCGUUCUCUUCGUCGUCAACGUCGUCUUCUCCUUGGUUCUCCUACUCAUGGUCCUGAUCUCCAGCGUCCUCGUUUUCUGGCGCACAAAGUCCCAGCCUGCCCCGCCCACCCAGCUGUACGACCCGAACGUGCUCGCAAAGGGCGACAGGACAGAGAACAAGUCUCUGCUGGACCUCGAGGGGGAUGACAAGCCUUAUCGCAGGGAGUCGGUAAGGUCGGUGAGGUCAAUGUACGGGGAGAAGGCCAUGCAGGAUGGCAUGAGCCAACCUCGCGGAGCCGACAGCCACGAGAUGUCGUACCUCCCAUCACCAACUACCCGGCCCGCGGUAAGCCCCGCGAUGCCGUUAUUCCCUGCGGAUCCUUCACUCCGGCCUCGCACACCGACCACACCCCAUUCACAGGUUGGAAACGACCCCCCACCAAGUCCAUUCGCAAAUAUGGACGAGUUCCGGUCAAAACACAACAACAGUCCCUGGCAGCGUGGUGCCGGAUACGAUCAUUAA